CUUCUAGAUUGUCAUGGUGCCUAAAGGUUGAAUUUGUUUUCAAUUUUCAUAUUUUUCUUAUUAAGUAAACAUAAAAGCAAAAAUGAAUAGAAUGAUCUUGAACCACUGUCGAUGCGUUAAAAAAUCUACAUUAUUAUGGGAGACCAGACAAUACCAAAAUAUUCCAUAUAUGACUCUCUCAAGGUCAUUGUCGUAUUACACAACCCAACCACUAAGAUUGCAGCAUGAUAUUACUCGAAAGCCUCUGAACUCGACAACAUUUUCACCAUUCUAUUUGCGACAUUUGUCCACAAGUAAUUAUUAUUUCGAAAAAGAACCACUGAAGCCUUCUUCAAAAGUUGAAGCAACAGUUGUGACUAUUAAGAAGGAAAUAGAAGAAAACGAAAAGCUUCCCAAGAAGCAAGAACAAAAAAAGAGUAUAAAAGAGAGGAUUAUGGAUGAGUUAAGGCAUUAUUAUCAUGGUUUUAGGUUAUUAUUUAUUGAAGUACGUAUCUCUGCAACAUUGAUAUUUAAAAUCUUAAGAGGGCAAUCAUUAACAAGGAGGGAACAUAGAUUGCUAGUCACUACAAUUGGAGAUGUGUUCAGAAUGGUGCCUUUUAUAGUUUUCAUUGUGGUCCCAUUCUUAGAAUUCGCGUUACCUUUGUUCAUUAAACUGUUUCCCAAUAUGUUACCAUCCACAUUUGAAAGCACCAGUCAGAAAGAAGCCAAGUUAAAGCAGCAUUUGAAAGUUAAACUUGAAAUGGUAAAGUUCUUCCAAGAAACCCUAGAUCAAAUGGCUCCCCAAGCAAGCAACAGACAUUCGGAACUAGCAAAGGAAUUCUCUACUUUCUUUAAUAAAGUAAGAACGUCCGGUGAUGUGGCUACCAGUGAAGAAAUUAUGAAAUUCUCCAAACUGUUUGAAGAUGAAAUAACACUUGAUUCACUGCAGCGGCCACAUUUAGUAGCUCUGUGUAAAGUACUUAAUGUAUCGACAAUUGGAACUGGUGCUAUGUUGCGGUUUAACCUUAAGAUGAAGCUGAGGUCUUUAGCAGCAGACGACAAAAUGAUUGCCAAGGAAGGUGUUGACAGUUUGAAUUUUAGCGAGUUACAACAAGCUUGCCGGGCGAGAGGUAUGCGUGCAUAUGGUGUUUCAGAGGAGAGGUUAAGGAAGGAAUUGAGAAAUUGGUUGGACUUGUCUUUGAAUGAGAAAGUACCUCCAUCUCUACUGUUGCUCUCUAGAGCUCUGAUGGUUCCAGAACAUGUGCCUACAACAUACAAGUUGAAAGCAACUAUAUCAGCCCUACCAGAACAAGUUGCCAUGCAGACUAAAGCUGCUAUCGGAGAGAAGGAGGGUAAAGUUGACUUUAAGACAAAAAUGGAAGUUAUUAGGUUAGAAGAAAUGAAAAUCAAAGAAGAGAAUAAAGAAAUGCAAGAAGCUGAGAGAGAGAAGCAAAUUUUGGAGGUUAAAAAACGUCAAAAAGAGGAACUCAAAGACAAAGCACCCAUUCUUGAAGAUAUUGGUACUGUGUUGGUAGAUCCUGCACCAGUUAUCGCUGUUGACACUCCGAAACCAAAGACUGAUGAAGGCCUGUCCACAAAAGACAUUGAAGCUAUUGAAGACGCUCUAGAGAAAUUAGCUGAACAGAAGAAAUCUUUGCUACUGGAAAAGGAAAGUAUUCAAGAACUUAAAACAGAACUUUUGGACUAUAGUGAAGAUGUCAAGGAGAUGCAGGAGAUUGUUAAAACAAAACAUGCAGAUAUUAAACUAACAAAGGGUGCUAGAAGAUUAUACCGAGCAGUUAACAACAUGAUAAGCAAAUUGGAUGCUGCCUUGGUCGAACUAGAGGACAAGGAGAGAACCCUCAAGACGACACUCGAACAAACGAAAUCCGAGCCGCAGAAGGCGAAGGAACAGUUGAUUCAGAUCGACGAACUAAUGCAUUCUAUUAAGAGUCUACAGAAGGUUCCCAAUGAGGCAAAGCUCAAGUUGAUUCAGGACGUUUUGGGAAGGCUCGAUGAUGACUUUGAUGGACAGUUGAAGAUUGAUGAUGUUUUGAAGAUGCUAGAGAUUAUAGGCAACGAGAACGUGAAUCUAUCUGAAAAGCAAAUGGCGGAAUUGAUCGAGUUGCUCGAUAAGGAGGAGAUAUUGGAAGUGGAGAGCAAGAUACAGAAGGCCCUGGACAAAGCGGCCAGCGCUGCCAAGGAACAGGACAAGUCUGGUGAAUCUGAUGGAAAAAGCCUCUUCGACUUGAUACGAGAGGCACAGAAACGGCGAGAAAUGAAGAAGGCCGUCGAGAAGUUUGGGGAGCAGCGUCCCAUACCAAAGAGCGAAGUUGUCACCAAACCGGAAGAAAGCAGUAAACGACCAGAGAGCCAUUGAUUAUGUGAUACCAUAGAUAAUGUGUAAAUACAACGUACUCGUGUACACUUGUAGAGUAAUUGUUCAUGCUUUAGCCGUUCGGGGUUGAAUGGGAAGCGAAGUGCUGUCUUUGUUAGAUUAGUCAUGUCUAGGGGAACAGUUUUAAAUCCGUAGCUCCAGGUUGACAUUGAACAUCGAAGAAGUUUAGGAAUACAGAUAAAAUAAAUACAGAUGUUU